CACUACGAAUAGCAACAUUUUCACUCCUUCUACUCUAAGCUUCGCUUUUGCUCUGAAUUCCUUAACAACACGAAACCCUAGGAAAUAGUUACUUGGAUAACAUGGCUUGGGAUCUAUGGAGUUCACCUUUUGAUCAAGCUUUCGAUGAUGACUAUAACUACUCCGAGACUCUUGACUGGUUUGGUUGCUUUGGCUGUGGCUAUGAUGAUAUGGAGGAAGAUGCCAAGGAUGAGAAGUGCUGUGUUCAGGUUUUGAGAUGUAUGAUCACCAAUGCAGAUAAUGAGAUUGAGCAAUUGGAAAUGAAUCUCGCGUCCCUUCAGAAUGAAUUGGCCUGGACUGAAAAUGAAAACUGGCCUGAAAUAUGCUGCAAUGGUUUGACAGAAAAAAUCAACCAGCUUGAUGUUGCGGUUAACACUUUGAAGAGUGGUCAUGCUGAUGAUGCAGAGGUGCAGCUACUAUUGGAUAGUGGACCAGCUGAGAGACUUCAUGAAAUAGUGAAGGCAUUAUAUAAAGACCGGUUUCAAGAUGCACAUGGCCAGGAUUUGCUCGCAAUAUCUCUUGUGAGAAGUCCUGAUUUGGGGGUUGUUGGCUGUGUACCUUACCACUCUGAGAGGAUGAUAUUAUCUGAUACAUUAGAUGAUAAAGUUACGGGAGAUGAGGAUGUCAGGCAAAGCCAGCUUGUUGCUACAGAUACACAUCAAAUCUUGAAUCCGUUUUUGUCUAAGGAAAAGAAUACAACUCUCAAAGAAAAUGUGUUCUCAGAUGAUCGUAGACUAGCUAUUAUCAAGGGGAGCCAACACAUUGCUAGUGAGACGAAGGUGAAAAAACCCUUAUUGUCUAAGGGAAACAAAAAUGUUCCAAGUGAAACCAAGGAAGUAAAUAUACCUGUUAAAGAAAGUGUCUGCUCUGAUGAUCAUAGACUAGCGAUUAUCAAGAGCCAACUCAUUGCUAAAAAUACUGGUCAAAUUUUGAAUCCAUUUUCAUCCAAGGGCAAUGGAAAUAUUGCAAGUGACGCCAAGGAAGAGAAUACAAAUAUCAAAGGAAAUUUAUGCUCAGACGAUUAUAGACUUGCAAUCGUCAAGGAGAAGGAAUUGCAUCUGCAAUCUGAUUUAGCUCAAAAGCUGUGCGAUUUUGUUCCAAAAGCUGCACGAAGAGCGCGCAGGAAAGAAUGCAAGGUUGCUCCAGACGAAGACUUGGAGUCUAUGAGUGUACCCCUACAAAUUGUUUAUCCUAAAAAAAUGUGUUUUGCUGAUACAGAAUCAAGCGCCUUAAAAGAAAAGAAUGGUAACAAUGCCCUGCAAGUGGUAAAGAUUGAUAAGGCCACCCUUACUGCAGAAAAUUCUGCAUUAAUUUCACUGCCAGGGAUGCAAACUGAGAAUGCCCUGUGUACUAGGUCAAGUGCCUUAAAAGAAAAGAAUGGUAACAAUGCCCUGCAAGUGGCAAAGAUUGAUAAGGCCACCCUUACUGCUGAAAAUACUUCGCUAAUUUCACUGACAGGGUUGCAAACCGAGAAUACCCCGUGUACUAGGUUACAGCUGACCGAUGAAGAGGAGGAGGAGCUACAAGCGCAAGACCUAAAAUCCAAACUUUCUGUUAACUUCAGCAUGUCCAGAAAACGUAUUCCUCUGAAGUUGAAAGCCCAGGGAAAUAAGAAACCUGAAUUUGAGGCAUGUUCUGCCAGAGGACCACUUUCUUUAGAAGUUAUUCCAAGCACAUCUAAUAUUGUAUCAAUCAAGAGGCAGCGGAAACCAAAAUCUUCUAUUGCUGGUACAAUCUUAAAUGUGCAACCGGGCCAGCAUGAAGUUGAGGGUAGUUCUAUUGUUCCUUUUGACAAUGAUAAUGUAUUAACCAAGAGACAGCGGAAGUCGAAAACCUGUCCUGCUGGCAUGAUCUUAAAUGAGCCCAUCGACAGUAAAAGUAAGAAGAGGGCUUUGCAGCCGGGUCAAUAUGGAACUGAUGGUAAGGCUGUUGUUCUUUAUGACAGCAAAUUUUCUGAACUACAAAAGAAAAGACAAGUUCCGGAGAAUUCAAAUCGGGUUCCAUUGGAUAAUGGAAGCCAGUAUAAUGGUAGCUUAGCUUUGGUCCCUAUCACCGCGAUGAAAACUACAGAAUCCUUGAUGAAAGAGAAAAUGCCUGACUUGAGGGCAAUGGCAAAGAAUCUCGAAAUGAAAGGAUUCUAUAAGGAUCCGAAAGCAGUUUUGGUUGCAAAAUUACUUAAGCAACUUAGUGGCCUCUGAGCUUACAUUGGGAUUAAUAGUGAUACCCCAUUUUUGCCAUGCUUUUCUGGGUAUCAAUUGUUUUUUGGUCAGGGCCAGUGCUUCUUUGGCAUAGGAUUCAAACAUAGUUGUGAAAAAUACUUAGGCAGGCUAAAAUGGAUUGUGACAGGAUUUUGUACAACUUAUAGAAAGAAUACUUUUUUUGUGUAAAUGAAAGGAAGUAUAGGUUUUCUUCCUUGUAGCUGGUAAGUCAUUUCAGCCUCAUUGGAGACUUGGAAACUUUGUUAUUGUCUCACAUACCAUGCUCAACCUAUCUACAAAAGAGUAAUGAUAAAUUGGCUCAAAUGUUUUUUAA